UUUGUAAAAAUAUUUUUACUCGAACAUUUGCUUGUAAGAAUUCAAAGCAUACAUUAAUUAUUUAACUAAAAAAAUGAAUUUUAUUCCAUUAAUUAAUGUUUUAAAUAUUUCUAUCAUUUUGAUAAUGAUAAUUGCCUUUGCAAAGGCAGCCAAUUCGAAAAAAAAUAAUGUUAUAUUAUUUCAACUUGUCGAUCACGAAACAGAUAAAGAUUAUAAUGCUUAUGUUGAUAAACAAUUGAAUAAAAAUGAAAAAAAACUGAACCUUUAUGAAUAUCAUAGAACAGUGUACAAUGUGAAAGCCGUGCGAGUUCCAUCGUCAAGUGUCAAAUCAUUUGAAAUGUAUAAAAAUGAUUUUUAUGAUUAUUGUGAAAAUACUUAUAAAGAUCCGGAGAUGGCAUCUCAAGAAUAUAAUUUAAAAGUUCUUGAGGAUACACUCAACUUUUUUUUCACAUGCUUAAUUCCAGAACGUUUAAAUGAAAUAAAAGACAUUUUGUUGGACGAAAAAAAUGAAAUAGGGUAUAAAUCAGUGAUUAGUACAGUAUUGCUGAAAAGUAAGACAACCCAAACCCGCGAAGAAAUUAUUCGACAAAUAAGUAAAAAACUAAAUGAUGUAACACGAGAAAAAUUGUUAUACACGUGUAUUUUGCAAUUUAAAAAUGGAGUGACUGAAAUGAAUACAACAAUUGGAUUAUAUACAGAAGAAUAUAUUUCAAGUAUAAGAAAAGAUAAAUUCCAUACAACAAAAAUUAGUGAUGAUGAUAUAAAAUUUUUGAAACGAAAAGAAAUUUCUAUGGAUAUAAAAAGUGUUGAAUUAAGUACUGCACUUAAACGGCAAAUACUAGAAGAUGAAGAGCUAGAAUUCUUAAAACAUUUAGCUAGUCUAGCAGAAAAAAAUCAAUUUUUGAAUCUUGUAAAUGAAGCCCGUCAUUUUUACCAACGUAAAUAUCGCCAUACAUGUAUACUGAAUGAUUUUAUUUAUCUGUGAACACUUAUAAUAUACCUAUAUAAAAGUAU